AUGGCCCGAGGGCCGGCCAGGUCUGGCGCUCGUUUCAAGAGCAAGACUAACGUUCUUAAGCGCCCCAAACCAAUGUUUACGUUUGGGGGUACUACUGGUUCUGACCGAGCCACCACUACGUGCCGAAACAGAUACGGCAUUUUAUCCACUCCAGAUGACAUGGAAGUGGCCAUCGAGUCAAACAUUGUAGACGAGGAAAGGGUACCAAAACCCCCUCCAAUUGUCGCUGACGCUUCAGUCCCCUUACGAGAGAUUCAACAUUUAUUGGGAAACGAUUGUGUUUUCAAACAGAGUGACAUAGAAUUCCAUUCCUUCAAUUCAAGGGAAAAUCGUUCAUACACUGUGUUUCUUCACGGUUUGCCAAAAAUGCCAACGUCUGAAAUCAUUGAAGACCUUAAAGACUACAACCUCACUCCAACCUCUGUGACAGAGAUAAAUACGAAGUAUAGCUCAGUAGACGACGCCGUUUACAAAGUACAGUUUGUACGAAAGAAUUUCAACCCAGCGCAUUUACAAAACAUUUACGCAAUUAGAAAUGUUGUUGUAUCGUGGAGAAAACAAAAACCAAAACAAAAGAAUAAACCAACGCAGUGCUGGAACUGCCUAAUGUAUGGCCACGGAGGGGAGCACUGCAACAGACGUUCGGCAUGCAUGAUUUGUGCGAACAAUCAUCCCACCGACAACUGUCCGUUCAAAAAGAACGACAAGAGACCUGCAGCAUUCUCUUGCUUUAAUUGCAAAAAGUACGGAAAUGAGAGAACCGAUCAUUCCGCCAAUGACAUCAAUUGCCCACACCGUGCUCAUUAUUUAGAGAUCAGAGAGAGAGCUACAAAUUUUCGUAAGAGAAAAUCACCACCGCCUCGUAGAACUGCGCACGUCCCAGAGCAGCAAACUACCACCAGCAGAAACCCGUCUAAUAACUUUAAUAGUCUUCGCAAUGAACGAAGCUCUUACGCAGCACAUUUAAGAGAUAACAAUCAAAAUGAUCUCUUUUCUAUCGAUGAGUUGUUUGAUAUAUUCAACUCAGCUCUUAGUGAGCUUAGUCAAUGCACUAACAAGGUGCAGCAAAUGUAUGUAGUAAUGUCCAUGGUAAAACACGCUUAUGACAUUAAAUAA